AUGCGUUUGGUACCGUUAUGCCAUACGUUACGAGAACGGAGACGUCGGAUAACUGACACGGAAUCUUCGGACGAUACCGGUGUGACGACUUCUGAGCAACCGGACUCCGAUGAGUACUUCAGACGAUUUGAGUGGUUAGCGCAAGAUUUUCACAAGUACCAGAGGAGGACGCAACGAAACAGAAGGAAAUUUGCUGUGGAUAAAUCCCCAGAGACGACCCGAGACGAUUCUGAUCAGAACAUCGAACCCCAAACAGAAGAAGCUCACAGGACAGAGUCAAAAGCUAAUUCACCCAUGGAAGAGGAUGCACCUGCCCCCACAACCAUCACUCAGUCGUCUACCACAACAACAACCACCACGGCACCGUAA